AUGAUCAAGGCAGUGAAACCAAAGAAUGCUCGCGCCAAGCGCGCAAUGGCAAAGCGCGAACCGCAACAGAACGAGAACCCCAAGACCACGCUCUUCGUCUCUGGCCAGAAGACUUCUCAGAUCCUCAAGCUCGCCGUCGCCGAUAUCUGCACCAUCAAGCGACCCUUUAUCGAGCGUUUCACCAAGAAGAACGACAUCCACCCCUUCGAUGAUGCUUCUUCGCUCGAGUUCUUCUCCCAGAAGAACGACACCUCGCUCCUCGUCCUGUCUCUACACUCGAAGAAGCGACCGCACUGCUUGACGUUGGCACGAACAUUUUCAUACAAGAUGUUGGAUAUGCUAGAGUUGUACAUCAACGCAGAGACCUUCCGCACGCUUCAGCAAUUCAAGAACAAGAAGCCGUCAAUCGGCCUGAAGCCACUAAUCAGCUUCCACGGCACCGUCUUCGAAGACCCCAACCAGACAAAGUACACCCUAGCAAAGAGCUUGUUUAUCGACCUGUUCAAGGGCCAGGAUGCGACCGAAGUCGACGUCGAAGGCCUCCAGUACCUCAUCUCCAUCUCCGCCGAAGAACCCACCGACGCGCUCCCCAACCCGCAAAUAAAACUCCGCUUCUACCUCCUCCGCACCAAGCGCUCAGGCCAAAAGCUGCCGCGCAUCGAAGUCGAGGAAAUGGGCCCGCGCAUGGACUUUGCGCUCGGCCGCGAGAUGUUCCCUGAUCCGGAUAUGCUGAAGGAAUCGCUCAAGAAGCCCAAGGGUGCUGAGCCGCGGACCAAGAAGAACAUUGACACUGACAUCAUGGGUGACAAGACGGGUAAGAUCCAUGUUGGCAAGCAAGACUUUGCCAAUCUGCAGACUAGGAAGAUGAAGGGUCUUAAGCGAGGAAGGAACGAGGACGAGGACGAGGAAGUUGGUGUUGAGGAUACGGCAAGUGAAGGCGACGAUGAGGAGAAGACGCCCAAAAAGGUUAGGGUAUGA